GCGGAAGAUAACCUUGAGAUCUAAACCAAACCGCGUUGACGCUGUCGCGCCUAUGGGUGAGAGGGAUUCCCCAUAACCAGGUUAUCUAAACAGCUUCAGCAGUGAGUCGAACCAACUCGGAAGGGACUGAAAAAUAGAUUAAAAAGUCGCAAUCUUGCAAAAUAAAUAUUGCAAGUUAUAUAGUAGACCUACACCAUGAACUCUAAAUGGAACGAAUUACCGUGACGCGUUUAGAAUAGCCCAAAUAUUCUGGCAACACUCGAGGUAUUUCUACUGCUACUUUGGUUUACAAGCGUCCUUGCCAAUGCCGAAGGAAAGGCGGAGGUCCUUGAGGGAGGUAGGGCUUUCCAGGUCUGGGAUUUGCGACGGGUCAACCAGGGAGCGCAAGGCAAACUUGAAAGCGACAGAGAUUUGUGAUGAACUGUUACAUAUGGCGGAACAAACUGGCUCAACAAGUGGGCAAGCAGAGUUUUGCGGAGGUGACGGGCUGACAGCGCGGGGGACCUGUCGAGUUCCCCAGGUGACCAUAACCCCCGAAGGCGAUGCAUGUCCGCGGGAGAUGAAACUAGAGGAAUGGGGUGAGGUAAAUGGGACGCUACGACGCAAACUAUCAAACUCGUCUAUCUCAUCGACGGGUUCUUCGACAGUGUUUGAAGAAUCGGAGGAUGACAUUCUAAGUGACAAUGAGACAAAGAGCAAAGGAAUCGUCACCCUAGAGCAACUGGUGGACUCGGGAGAACAAACUAAGCCAUGGUGGAAGUUGAAGACCAUAGUCCACCUCCCCUUCCUCGUCUCACAACGCAAACGCCUCUCCUGGGUUCAGCUCGCAGGCCAUAAAGGUAGUUUCAAGUCUGGUGGUGAGGGGACCAUCCUGAAGAAGUUCUCGGAGAUCGAGAAGCAGUGUUUUGAGAGACUGCAGGGUGAUGCCCUGGUGGGCUUUGUGCCGGCGUACCACGGGGUGGUGCAAAGCGACGGGGAGCCCUUCUUGCAGAUGACCGACCUGUUGGGCAGCUUCGAGGGCCCUAAUGUCAUGGACUGCAAGAUGGGAGUCAGGACGUAUCUAGAGGGGGAGCUGGACCGGGCGCGGGAGCGACCCAAACUGCGGCGCGAUCUCUACGAGAAGAUGCUGGAGGUGGAUCGGCAGGCGCCCACGGCGGAGGAGCACAACCAGAGGGCCGUCACCAAGCCACGCUACAUGCAGUGGAGGGAGACCCUCAGCUCCACACACACGCUGGGCUUCCGCAUCGAAGGCGUCAAGAAGUCAGAUGGCACCUGCCGGACAGACUUCAAGAGAACGCGCUCAAAGGUGGACGUCACUCAGGUCUUCAGGGAUUUUGUCGGGGGAAACACCAACAUAGUUAAUGCAUAUGUGAGUAAGCUCCGAGAGAUCAAACAAGCCCUGAACACAUCAGAGUUCUUCAAGAAGCAUGAGGUCAUUGGUAGCUCCCUCCUGUUCAUCCACGACCACACGGGCCGCGCCGAAGUGUGGCUCAUCGACUUCGGCAAGACCACUGCCUUGCCAGACGGCCAGAGCCUGCAGCACUGCACGCCGUGGAAGGAGGGGAACCGCGAGGACGGCUACCUGUGGGGCCUCGACAACCUCAUCCACACGCUGGCCUCGCUAGUCUAGGGGUGACCCCUGACCUCUAAGGCUGAACUCUGACAUCAGCCGCAAGGAUGAGGACUCACAGUACGUCACUCUGUCUGUUUUGUUGACACUUGAAGUGUUACAUUGUUGCUGCAGACAUUGUUGAUGCAGUACUUGAAGAAAAACGUAUCAACAAACUAUUGUGUCACGUUAAAAGGGCAUCAAGGCCAUCGAACAAAGCACAAAAGCAGAUGCCCGAGUUCAGUGCCAAAAAUAACAAUAUUCUCAAAAUAUCUCCUGUGAAUAUACCAUGAGUCCUUUAAC